GUGUUAUCGCCCUCUCAAUGUCCAACCUGCAUGAUCAGGCAUGAUGCCAUUGCAUUGCCCAAGGAGUUCCCCGAUGGCGAUUGAUGAACCAACUUUUAGAAACCGAACAUCAUCUGUAUGCAGGUUUCUGGGCAGACCGGACCCCUGGAUUCUGUGACAAACUGGCGUUCCCAUAAGUUUCCUUCUGCUUCGCUCUUUCUCCUGGCUGCCUGUCCAGCCGAAGUCGGUGACCGAACACGCCCAGGGGCUGCUCAUCAUGAAUGGCGGUUAGGCGCUUCUUGAACUGCAACACACGCCUCUUGCAAUGCUCCCGAUUGGAUGAGCCGAGGCCCAGUCUGUGAUGAAGCUUUUUUCCUUCCAGGCCUGCUGAGCCCUCGACCUGUGGAUCCGGUGGGUUCCUCCCCCAUGAAUCAACCGCUGGCGGUGGGAAACAACGACUCAGGCGGUGGAUGGGCAUCCCGGCGCCGAGUUGGCCAGUGCUCGAUCUUGGCUUCGCAACUGCACGUUUUGCUGGCCUCGCGGGUCAAUUCCUCCCUUCAAUUGCUGCAUCGCACAAAAAAAAGCUCCCUGUCAGUCAGGACACUGCGGAGCCCAGUACGGGCACUAAGACACGAUGGCUGCAGAUAUGAGUCUCCAUCCCGGAUGCGGCUCGUCAUGUGGACGGACGUCUGGAUCUCGUCUGUUGUGCUUGCACCAUCGCUGACCGCACCGAGCAAACUCGUCCCAACCCAACACGAUCCUGCAUUGGCCUUCUUUUUCUCUGUCCCUCCUCGGCUGCCACCCUCCGUCCCCUCUUUUUUCAUCUUUGCCUCGCCUUUGCGCUCGGUUCAUCAACCUCUCGUCCAUAUCGUUUAUCAGCGUCCCUGUCAUGCGGCCUGCCCCGCAAUCUGGGAUGAACCCCACUAACAGAUAAACGCGACCAGAAUUAUACGCCCAUCAGCGGCGCCGAGCUUGCCCUGCCGGCCCUUUCGUGACAUUGCGGCACCGGCUACCUACCCGUCAAGGCCCUCGACCGUUUACCCUCGCAGACGAGCUCCGUUCUUUUGUAACUUUGCUUGCCUGACCGCCCGCCUGACCACAAUCAAUCUCCCUGUGCUCUGC